CCGCCGUCAUGAACACCGCCGCUGCCGCCGCAGAAGACACGACCAAGCCCCGAUCCGCCGUGCCAACACACAUGAUGAACGGAGACCCGCCGCUGCGCCUGGCAAUGGAGGCGCGCGAUAAGAAGGAGCGGGAGAACCUGUUCAACGCCAUCGAGACGUCGAAUCGAGGGCGCCAAGUGGUAAACUUCGACGGGCCGACUGGCUAUUUCCCCGCAAAGGCUUUUGCAGCGAGCACUGCCAACGGCAGCGAGCCCAACGGACAUGAGAUGAGCAACGGGCACGCGGAAAACGGAAUCCACGACGAGGGCGCCGCGGCCGUCGUCCAGACGCCGCUGGCUACGAGCCGCGCACACAGCCCCUACACGCAGCACCCCACAAUCGACUUUGACGGGCUUAGCUGGCCCAGCAAGGGCACACGGCAACGGAAGGAAGCCACCGACGAGGAGAAGGCGGAGAAUCUGAAGAAGCUGUCGGGUGCUGUGCGUACCAUGCUCGAGUGUCUGGGGGAAGACCCUGACCGCGAGGGUCUGCUGGAUACGCCGGAACGAUACGCAAAAGCCCUCCUGUUCUUUACAAAGGGCUACGAAGAGAACCUGCGCGACAUUGUCAAUGGCGCCGUUUUCCACGAAGACCACGACGAGCUGGUCAUUGUGCGGGACAUUGAGAUCUUCUCGCUGUGCGAACACCAUUUGGUGCCUUUUAUGGGAAAAAUGCACAUUGGCUACAUACCCAACCGCCGCGUAAUCGGUCUCUCCAAGCUUGCCCGCAUCGCCGAGAUGUUCGCCCGCCGCCUCCAGGUACAAGAGCGUCUUACCAAGCAGGUCGCCCUUGCUCUAUCCGAAAUGCUUCAGCCACAAGGUGUGGCUGUGGUGGUGGAAUCAAGCCACCUGUGCAUGGUGAUGCGCGGUGUCCAAAAGACCGGCUCAACAACAACAACGAGCUGUAUGCUUGGCUGCAUGCGCUCGAGGGACAAGACGCGCCAGGAGUUUCUCAAUCUUAUAAACAGGGGGUAGGUGGCGGUGCCAGUACCACGCAGCGACGAACAAAUUCAUCAUUGGCGUUGGGUUGCGUUCGAUUUCUUCAUCAGGCGUCUAGGUUUGGGGCGAGGAGUUCAUCACUCUCACUGGAUCGGGGAAAAUUGCGUUCCUACAUGUACAUAUACAUGCAUAAGCAGACGCACGCGGCCAUUCAACAGGCUUUUCCUUCGUUUCUUCUUUGCUUUUUUUAUCAUACAUAGUACAUACAUGCAGGUACUUUGCAUGCAUGCUCGGUAACGGCAUCAUGCUUAGAUAGGAAGCAGUUCCGCCUAUCCAAAAUGGACAGGAAGCGCACGUGAUGAGGACAUGGACAAAGAUGCUUAGACCGUGUCAAAAUAGAAU